UUCCUUCUUACAUCAAAUCAUUUCCUAAAAUCAGAGAAAAACAUAGGGGAAACAACUUCAAAAGAUAUGGAGAUCAAAGUUGAUGAAGAUCAUCAAAAAAGCACUAAAGAAGACAUCACAAGGCCACUUCUUGAAGAAGACAAAGACUUCCCGGAUAUAGAAAGAACGACAUGGAUACAAAAGGCAAUAGGUCAAACGUUUCAAACCACUGCUCAUUUAGCUAAUCUCUUACCAACAGGAACGGUUCUCGCGUUUCAGCUCUUAUCGCCAAUUUUCUCAAAUGGCGGUCAAUGCGAUUUAGUGAGCAAGAUCAUGACAUCAACUCUAGUGGCAAUAUGUGGAUUCUCUUGCUUCAUACUUAGCUUCACGGAUUCUUACAAAGACAAAAACGGUACUAUUUGUUAUGGACUUGCAACAAUCCAUGGGUUUUGGAUCAUUGAUGGAUCCACAACUCUUCCUCAAGAAUUAUCUAAGAGAUAUAAGCUAAGAUUUAUAGAUUUUGUUCAUGCUUUCAUGUCGUUAUUCGUGUUUGGUGCGGUGGUUCUAUUCGAUCGAAAUGCGGUAAAUUGUUUCUUUCCGGCACCGUCAGCGGAAGCAUUGGAAGUUCUUACCGCUUUGCCGGUAGGCGUAGGGGUGUUUUGUAGUAUGUUGUUUGCAACAUUUCCUACAACACGCAAUGGGAUUGGUUUUCCACUUUCUAGUAAAUGAUGUCAAUAUGUUGCUAUUUAUUUGUAAUUUGAUUUUUAUAUGUAACUUGUGGUUCAACAUUCUUUUUUUGGUCUUCUCUUGAAAGAGCCUAUUCCAAAAAUCAUGUAAACUAUUUCUAGUAAAGAUGUAUUAAAACG